UUCCGAGCACGAGUUAACAAAUGACGUAACAUGUCAUGUCAUGUGUCGAAAACGUAAAUCCAAAUUUCAAUUUCAGUGAAGUAAAAAAAAAUAGUUUUUAUAUAUAGAUAUUCGUAAUGAAUGGGCAACAAUAAAUCAAAGCACCUUUAAGGAUACAUUAUCUAGUCCUGUGUGAAGGCUCACCGAAUAAGCUCGUGUCAUUGUAAUUAAUCCACCCAUUUGGAUAUUGAUUGAUAUGGAAUUAGCUUUCCUUUAAUAUUUAAAUCUUCCGGAAUCAUGGGAGCGAACAGCAGCAAAAAAUUGGCGGCGAAAUGUUCAUUUCUAUCCAAAGACGAGCAAUUAAUCGUCAGCAAUUCGUUCAAGCUCGCCAGCAAGAAUUCCGAAAAAAUCAAAGAGGAUGAACUAACGAAAAUAUGGGGCUCCCAGAUGGACGCGCGGUUUCUACAAUAUUUAAACAAUUAUUUAUUCGGAAUGGGGGAACAAAAACAGAGCACAGUAGAUCUGGAACGAUUUGCUGAACUGUUUGUGUUCUGUACAAGAGGUACAGUGGAUGAAAAAAUCAAAGUACUUCUAACCUCUUUAGGGAAAAAUGAAAGCGAAUGCAAUGAAAUACCGUACUUGCUAGUAAAAGAGUAUGUGGAGAGCAUAGUUGCUUCCUACAUGAAGAUUCAAAAACUGAGCAACAACAGGCAAUACAAAUCGUGGUUUUCGCGCGGUUGCUUUACUUUACCUCAGAAUAUCCAGAGAUUAGCUGAAAGCCUCACCUACGAGCUUGCCACGGGAGAAAAUUUGGAUAAAAAAUCAUUAGAAUUGUGGUUACAAGGAUCAACGUUACUAGGACAAUUACUAUUGUUUGUCUCGAUGUAUUUAUUCGGUAUUAGUCAUAAAGAAAAAGGAGGAAUUCCCAGUAACGAAAAGACAGGCCAAGCUCCCGACGAACACGUGAGCUCCGUGAACGAAAAGGAAAGGGAUAGAAGCCUGAUUCCGUUUUGUAGAGGUUUAGAUUUAAUGCCUUCGUAUCCGAGCAUUUUGGAUCUCAAUCAAAUAGUAUUCAUAAAUUCCAAUCUUCCGCAACAAUACCAAUUGGAAUGGAGAUUUUUGUUUAGUUCCGAAAUACACGGGGAAUCUUUUUCGACUUUGAUAGGUAGAAUAGUAAAUCAAGGACCAUCCGUUCUCAUUGUCGAAGAAAAGAAUGGGUACAUGUUCGGCGGAUUCGCUCCCGGCAACUGGGAAUUAAAUCCGAAAUUUUUCGGCGACGACAGCAGCUUUCUAUUCACGCUUGCGCCGAGAAUGAGAAUAUUUCCGUCUACAGGGUACAACCAAAACUUCCAAUACCUCAAUUUACACCAGCAAACUCUUCCCAACGGAAUGGCUAUGGGCGGCCAGCACGGUUACUGUGGCUUGUGGAUAGACAGCGAGUACGGCCAAGGGCAGAGCAGCCCUUCCUGUACGACUUACCAGGGCUACCAGCAGCUGUCGUCGGCCAAGGAAUUCACGUUUCGCCAUUUGGAAGUGUGGGGUAUCGGCCAGCCGCCGCCGACGCCGCAAGAAAAGGGCGAAAGGGUGCAAGGCGUGGCGGGCACGACGGGCUUCAGCGUCCUAGACGGUAAUUCGGAGGAAAAGGUUAUGUUACAAUUGGCCGGUAAAACUAUGCAUAGCCAAGGUCUUCGAGAACCGCAAGAAGCUGAUUAAUCGGUGGGUAAUCGAUUACUAUGAGAAAUAUGAUCGAAAGGAGUUCGGAAAUUAUUUUUUAUAACUGAUCAAACUGUAGAAGAUUUAUAAGAUUUCACAUGGGUACAUAUUCAUAUUUAAAAAAAAUGUACUAGUCAUGUUACGUCCGGAAAUAGGGUAGGGGGGAUCGCAUGGAGCAUUUAUCACGCAUUGUUUUACUAUAAAUAUCAUUCUAUACCAAAAUACCAAGUGUUUUCUGCACAUGAUGUGCCACGAGUUCAAACUAGACAUGCUAUAUUGUGUGUUGUAAAUCCUUUAUUAUAUACAAUAUACAAUGAAUAAAAACCAUCAACUUUUCAGAUCGUCAAUAUAAAAAAAUACAAUAAAAGUAUGUUUAGUUUUUCAUACAAUAUAUGGAUAAUUUUUAUUUUUCGUGGUACAUCCUGUAUAAAGGUUGUAAGUUAUUGAUUUAUGUAAAUAUUAUUUCCUACAAAAUUUCUAAAUAAUAAGAUUGUUGAAUUAAAUAUAUUAAAUAUACGCAUAAUUAAAUAAAAUAACUAAAGUAAAUAUUCCUAAUAUUUCAUCUUUUAAAUCUACCGGCAAUACAUACGUAAUUUACCAAAGAAGAGAAAUAUGGUGAAUAAAAUCAGCAGUAUUGCAGUUAAAAAAUAUACCUAUACAUAUAAAAGUCAUACACUAUCAUAUUUUAAAACUUUUAACAGUUUGCAUUGUUUGUAUACUAAAAAUGCUUUUUCCAAAGUGGAUAUCUUGUAAACUUUACCCCCUAUAAAAUACAACACAGAGUCAUAUAAAGACGUAUUUAGUAAAAUUACCCAUAGAUUCAUAUUUUUGUAUUUGUUAAAUGAAAGGUUUAAAUUCCGUAAAGUAAAAUUUUAACGUAGAAUUAUUGUAAAAGAUUUCUUUAAAAUAAUUACCGUAUUAUACAGUUGAUGUAACCCCGUAUGUUAUGUCGUACGCAUUUUAAUUAAUUGUUAUAUAUUUGCGCUUUUCCAUAUAGAUUUAUUAAAAUAGUUUUAUUUUGCUAAGUAAAAUGUUUUUGUGAAAUUAGACUGAUUUAAAUGUUCUGUUGUCAUAAUUUUUUCUGUUCAUAUGUUGAUUUUCACAUAUAUUUUUUGGAAUUGUUACUUAUGAAUGCAUUUAUUUACAAACAUAAUAACAAAACGAUAUGAUAAUGCAAUAUGCAAUGACACAAAUGAUAUACAUUAAAUAAACGCUAAUCUUGCUAAGAAAACCCGAAUUUUUAAGAGAAUUUGAAUUGUAAUUACACAAUAACCUGUAGACUUCUACUUGUGUAGAAUCCAAUCCCUUGGUCAAUUUGAUUCAAUUAUCCCAUGGGAUAAUUAAAUGAUGACCAGGGAAUUGAUAUUUGUAUAAAACGCCGACACGAACUAAUGCACAAUAACUUUUUUUUAAAUAUUUGUCCACGAUGUGCCAAAGUCAUCACUAUACUACAUGUUAUUACCUUAUAUAUUAUAUUAAAAAUUGUCUAUUUUAUGGAGCACUAUUUUCCAUUGUUAUUAAAACCCAAAUUCUUUUUCUCAGAAAUGACUGAAUUGUAAUACAAUAUCUUUGCGUAGACACAAACGCCCUUUUAUCAUAUUCUUGUUGGGUAGUAUUAUUAUUCAGCUAAAGAGCCGAUUCUUUCUUUAAUCACCUUAUUAGUAUUUUAAAAAUAAAUGUGAUAUCCCUUUUUGUUCAUCGUCAAUAAAGAGUAUAA